AUGGCGGACUCCGGGGUCGAGCACACAGGCCGAGGCCGGCCGGGGACCCGCGUCCGGCCGGCCGACCAUCUCUGGCUACAUCUCCUGCUACUGCUGCCACCGCCCGUAACCGCGGAGGCAGCCGAGCAGCAGCCGGGCGCCCGAGCAGGCGGUGGGGUCCGGGGUGGAGUCAUGCGGGCCGGGGCGGGCCGGACAGUGGCCAGGACAUCAGCCAAGGCUGGUGUCCUUAACACAGGUGCUUCAUGGCGUGUUGUCUCCACAGUGUGUGGGAAGCCCACGGUAGCCGGGAAGAUCUUUGGUGGCCAGAGUGUGGUAGGUGAACGAUGGCCAUGGCAGGCCAGCCUGCUCUACCUUGGCAAGCACGUCUGCGGGGCUGUCCUCAUAGAACGCUACUGGGUGACCUCAGCUGCCCACUGCUUCGUCAAGUCUCACAAGCCAGAGGACUACCGGGUGCUUCUGGGGUACAGCCAGUUACACCAGCCCACCCAGUACAGCCUGCAACUGACAGUGAACCGUAUCAUUGUCCACCCUGACUUCGACAAGUUUCACCGCAUGGGAAGUGACAUUGUCAUGUUGCAACUGCACCUGCCUGUGAACUUCACUUCCCACAUUGUCCCUGCCUGCCUCCCAGUGCCUGACUCUCAAAUUCCCACUCAUGCGUCCUGCUGGAUCUCUGGCUGGGGGAUGCUCAGUGAAGAUGAGUUCCUGCCAUUACCUUUCCAUCUUCAGGAGGCUAAGGUCGGCAUCAUAGAAAACCAGUUCUGCAGAAACUAUUUCCCACCACCAGACCCCAACAAACGAGUCUACUCUGUGCAUGAGGACAUGCUGUGUGCUGGGGACCUCAACACAGGAAAGUCCAUAUGCCGAGGAGACUCUGGGGGCCCCCUCGUCUGCCAGGUGAACAAUUCCUGGUUCCUGAUGGGCCUCUCCAGCUGGAGCUUGGACUGCCGGGAGCCCAUAUUCCCCAGCGUCUUCACCAGGGUGCCCUACUUCUCCACAUGGAUCCAAGAGGUCGAAAGGUCCACGCCCAUUCCUGAUCUUGCAUCUGCUCCUCCUCAGGGUGCCCCGCCUUCUGUGAGCCACCCUCACUCUCUGGGCACUGUCAACACUCCCCAGACCUGCACAGCCCUUGUGCUUUCGCAGACCUUCCUCCUGCUGUCCAUGUUCCUUAAAACUGGGAUGGCCUGUAGUGCAAUCUUCUAG